GUUGCUCGUCGGAUUAUGGCGGUAAAAAUAGGCAGUUGCAGUAAGCAUUUAAGCAAAGCGUUGUUUUGAAAGUGUAUUUUAAAAUUUGACAGAUGCUAAACUAUUGAAAGAAUAUAAUUGUUUAUUGACAAAAUGCAUCAACAGCUAAGAAAUAAUAUUCGUGAUUUAUUUAAUAAGGCGCAAACCAGUAAAACAUGCCAUAAGAGUGUUGGAGAUAAGAUGAAAGCCUGUUAUGGAAAGACAAACCUUGACGAUUUCGCUGGGGAAUUUAUAUCCUGCCUCAUGGUUCCUUUGACAAUUGGAGACAAGCAUCCAGUUGUUGAGAACACUUUAAUAUUUGCAGCAAAUUUUGCAGUUGGAUUUCAGUCAGUUGACGAAGACAGUAAUGUCGAACAGAUGGAUCCUUUUAUGCUAAAAAUUUUUGACUUUUUAAUGAAAUCGCAAACUGCUGUCGAUCCUGGUGUGAGAUAUCGAGUUUGCUACUUUUUAAACAUGCUUUUAACAGCAAUGGGAGAUAAUGCUUACAUAGAUGACACUCUCUGUGACAAAAUCAUUAGCAGUAUGUUGGAUCGAGUGCUGGAUAAAUCUUCCAAGGUUCGAGCACAAGCUAUUCUCGCUCUUCAGAGACUACAAGAUCCAACUGAUGAGGAUUGUCGUGUCACGAAAGUUUACAUGUUUCACCUUGCUAAAGAUCCUAGCAAUGAAGUUCGGAGAAACAUUUUAAAUUGCAUGGCUAGAACUCAGAGGACCUUAUUAUGUGUAUUAAAGAGAACUCGGGAUAUUAACGAUCUAGUGCGAAAAGCAGCUUAUACUUUUCUAUGUAAAAUCUCUGUGAAAUCGCUCAGUAUAAAGCAAAGAGAAGAAUUACUUAGUGAUGGCCUCAGGGAUCAAAGUGACAUAGUCAAAAAUUGUGUAAAAAGAGAUUUAAUUUACUCGUGGUUGAGGAAUUACAACGGUGACUUUAUUGCAUUGUUACGUGCUCUAGAUCCUGGAAUGAAUAUUAAAGGAAUGGAAACUGCAGUUUUAACACUUAAAAGUCUACUUGAAACCUCAGAAAUUAAGGUUUUGUUGGAACAAUUACCUGUUGAUGUGCAGACACGGCUGAUACCAUUGGAUAAAAUAAAUUGUGAGAAUGUACUUUUCUGGCGAUGCGUAGUAGAACAUUUAAAACGAGAAGGUUGCACUGAAGACCUGGAGGACAUAAUUCCGGAACUUUCACAGUUUUGUACAUUUAUUAGAGAAUUAUUGGUAUUAAUAAGUUCAAAGCAGUUGGAACCAUGGGAGCGUUUAAUGCAUCAGUUUAUGCUUUGUCAGUUAUUUGAAAUGGUUAAGCAGUACGAUCUAUCGGAUGAAUGCGGGAGAGAUAAUUUACGAUCAUUAAUGGUGGAUACAUUGAUGCAUGAAAUUUGCUCAGAUAAAAUUGUGCAAUGUAUCGUUGAAUAUUUUGAUCAAGUUAUUCCAGAUGUAGAUAGAAGACUUACAGCUUUGGCAGAAGUUAUAAAUGAAUUGCGAAGACCAUUAAAACAAACUCAGACGCAACAAGUUUCUCAAUUAACUUCAAGUCAGGCAAAUAAUAAGAAUAUGUUGAAAGCGAAAUUGAAAGUAAAGUUAUUGGAUUUGAAAGAAGAGCAGUAUAAUGAAAUUCAGAAUAAAAACUACUUGAAAGCCGAAGAAUUAAAAAUGCAAAUUGAAAGUGUGACGGCCGAAAUUCAAAGUAUUACGGAGGAACUUGCCAUACCAAUGAUCACGGAUGAUGUUGGAGAAGAAAUAGAGAAAAAUGAUUCUCAUACAAUGACAAUUUGUUUAGAAAUAAUGUGCUCAAGUAUGCAAAGUCCAUCCAUUAAGUCUUUACAUCCAACUUUGAGAAGUUUAUUGGAUCACAUGGUUGUCGAAAAUUUGGGACAUCAAGACGUAACUAUACACGAGUUGGAGCUGAAGACAAUUGUAAUUUGCUGCUUACUGGAUGGAGAGUUGGCAAAAAAGUACUUUACGAUGUUCUUUCUUCCAUUUACUGAUUUCCCAGAUGAUUAUAGGAUGUGGAUUACUGCCCUAAAGGCAAUCUUUGACUUACUUUUGCGUUAUGGCUUAGAAUUCUUUAACAUUCCUCAGGCAGAGGAUGAAAUUGGUGUGAAUGAGAGAAGUAAACGGAACAGAACUGUACGAUUGUAUACAGAAAAUGACGAAGUUUCGUCGGUUAAUAAUGAACGGUUCGACGUUGAAGAAGGGGGAGAUAAAUUCAUUAAAAUAAUAACUGGAUUCUUGGAUCAUGAAGAUCAGGAAGUACGAUUCACGGCAACAGAGGGUCUCACGAAAUUACUGUUCUGCAGGAGAAUCAACAGUCCUCGAUUAUUAGCACGCUUAAUAAUUCUCUGGCACAAUCCAAUGUCAGAAGGAAACACAUAUCUCACUCAGUGCCUGUGUACGUUCUUCAAUAACUUUGCUGUACACGUUCCUGACAGUCAAACUAUGUUGGAAGAAGCGUUUUUACCAACUUUAAAAACUUUAGUAAAUGCCCCUGAAAGAAGUCCUUUGCAAGCCAUUGACCCUCUCAGAAUAUGUGAGAUUAUUUUAAGUCUUACGAGACAAGGAGUUCAUAAACGUUCAUCUGUCAACGUGCAUAAUGAUCUUGUCUUCACAAUUCUUUCCGAAUUAUUGAAUCCGAAUUGCGAAAUAGAACCAACUGUAUUAGUAAGAUCUCUGAAAUUCUUGGAAGUUAAGUUGGAAAUUGAAUCACUGAAGGAGAAUUUGAAAGAAGCGUUGGACAAUACAAUUGAGAAAGUACAAGAAAUUGACAAGCGUUUAGUUAAAUACAUCGAGCAAUUUAAAGCGAAACUAAAUGUGACUGAUACGAGGGAGGCACAGGAUGAUGAUAACGUUAGUGAAACUAAUAGUGAAUCUUCAAAUGAUUUAUAACAAUGAAAUAAUGACAAAUUCAUUUUCAAAAGUAUUUAUAAAAAAUCUUUUCUUAUAUUACAAGAUUAUAUAUUUUAUAUACAUGAAUUUUGUAAAGAAUUAAUUUUCGUAAACUAGAAAAAAAUAAAACGAAAAUAAACAUUCGUCUUGGAGAAUGAUGAAAAUAGA